UUUCUGCUGCAGAAAGAGCACACCAAGGACCCAAGGACGAGCCUUCCCUCCAAUAUGCCUUCCCACAGGUCCCUGUCAUCCAACCAAGGUGGCCUCAGCAGCCACUCUGGCCACUCCCACCUGUUGGACAGGCAGGUCGCCCGAAACUUGCACGAAGGCAUCAGGCACCGCAUCCUCUACCUGUCUGAGCAGCUGAAAGUGAAGAGAACCAGUCCGGACGAGAACACGAUGAGCUACCUCAAGCUGGUGGCCAGCACCGAGCGUCACCAGGCCACACACGUCCGGUGGGCCUUUGAGAGGGUGAACCAGAGCACCUCAGCUACCAUCUCGCACAUUGAGUGCAGGCUCCAUCAGUGCUGCCAGCAGCUCCUGGAGCUAGAGGGACAAAGGCCCACUGGCCCAGCACUCAAGGCAGAAGGCGGCCUGGACAAUGGUGACCAGCCCAGUGGGCCUGGAGCUGCUGGAGCCAGCGCACCCGAGCCUUACCUCUGCAGCCGGCGGCAGCAGAGAGAGCUUCUGCUGCAGAGGGUAGAGGAGGAGCUGGCGGGGGUCAGGAGCUCAUGCUCAGGUCUGCAGGGGGCCUACCAGAGCCUCCAGGACAGGUAUCUGACAGACCUGCCUGUGUCGCUGGAGUCCCUUCCGGAGCAGAGGUACAGACAUGUACUGGUGGAGGAACAGGUGGAUGGCCACCUGCAAAGGCAUUGGGAUGAGAUUUACCGCUUCCAACAGGGUCUGGCCUGCACGCAAGAGAAGAUGGCCUACCUGUCCUAUGAGCGGGCCAAGGAAACAUGGGUCCUAGAGGCUUUCAAGAGCCGGCUGGCCCAGCUGGAGGCCCUGCAGCAAGCCGCCCAGGUGGAGGUGACGCGAGGCUGUGGAGCCAAGCUGGGGAACUUGUACUGCAUUUCGAGCCUGCUGCUGGUCCUCACCUGUGCCAUCCUGGCGUGUGUGGCCACCAUAUGCUCCUGCCCCCUGCCCCGGGCAAGCAAGCGCCUGCACAGGUGCACCGUGCUCAUGCUGCUCACACUUGGGGCUCUGGCCUGGCGGAAGCGACACGCCAUUGCCACCGCAGACUGGCAGGUGUGGAUCCCUUCCGGGUGGAGGACGGGUGCCAAGAACACCAGGCCUUCAUAAGGAGGACCUCACGGGGCUGGGGUGCCACCUGCCCGAGCUUGCCGUCCCCUCCCUCCUCCUGCUGCCUCCUCCUGAUUCCCCCGUCGCCAGCGGACACCAGCCUGCCUUGCACUUCCUCCCGUGUUGCCACCCGGAGGCGUGGAACUGAGGGAGAU